AUGUCAAGACAGCAAGAUCAAAAAACGACUAAAGAACAAUCAAAUGUAGCAAAUAAUAAUAUGAAAUUGGAAGAAAAUUUGCAUUAUUCAAUUGUCAAAUUGAGAGGCCUGCCAUGGAGUUCUACAGAAGAGGAUAUAGCUAAGUUUUUUUGUGACUGUGAGAUUGAAGGGGGAACUAAUGGAAUCCACCUGGUUAUGUCAAGAGACAACAGACCCACUGGGGAAGCUUACGUUGAAUUUGCAAGCACAGAAGAUCUCACAAAAGCAUUAGCCAAAGAUCGAAAUCACAUGGGAAAUCGAUAUAUUGAAGUGUUUCGGACAAGGCAAUCCGAGUUUGAGUGGGCCUUAAGGCGACAGACAAAUUCAAGAGACUGGAAAAACGAUGCAGUUGUAAAGUUGCGUGGAUUGCCAUUCGAUUGCACAAAGGAUGAAGUAGCAAUAUUUUUCGAUGGUUUAGACAUUGUUUCGAAUGGCGUAACAAUGGUUACCGAUUCUACUGGAAGAUCCAAUGGCGAAGCGUAUGUACAAUUUAAGAAUGUAGAAAAUGCAGACCUCGCAUUGAAGAAACAUCGCGAAAAAAUUGGUCACAGAUAUAUAGAAAUAUUUCGAAGUUCCAUCAUGGACGUUCGUCGCUUUUGUGAUAAUCGGACAUAUACUAGCCAGUAUAUAGGCCACCCCUUGAUUUCCCACACGGAACCUCGUUACGCAAUGACCCCUUGCGAGAGGGCAUUGCCCACGCCCCCUGGAAUUUUUAGAGUCAGCAGGUUUAACAGAGGCUCGCAGCCAACAACGAGACAAUUUGGUGAAUAUAAUGAAUUUGAGAAUUGGACAUUAUUGCCAAGUAGAAUUUCUUCCACACCUGCAGAUUUGACAGGCCCAACACGCAUAGGUAGCGCUGAAAGAAUUGAUUUAACUUCUUCAGGAGUUAGGAUAACGCCUAUGGCACGUAUUAUGCAUGACAGACUUAAUCUUGGUAAUUCAAAUCAUGCCUGGAUUUCAGGACAUAUGAGUGGUGGCUUUGGUGAUAACACGGCGCACUUUAUUCACAUGCGCGGCCUACCAUUCAAAGCUCGAAAUAGUGAUAUCAUUAACUUUUUUAAACCGAUCAUGCCAAUAAAUGUCAGCAUUAAAUAUGAACCUAAUGGACGAGCAACAGGUGAAGCAGACGUUGAAUUUGCGAGCAAUUACGAGGCGUUACAGGCUAUGCAAAAGGACAAAGGACACAUGCAUCAUAGAUAUAUAGAAUUAUUUUUAAAUAACAGCAACAGGAAGUCACGAGAGCUAUCACUAAAUGGUAUAUUUUCAUUUUAA